AAUAUGACAAAAACAAAUGUCUACACAAAUAUGGAUUCCAAGUAUUGAUAAAUUUUUAGAGAAGUUUGUACUAUGCAAUACUAUCUGUGCCUCAUGAUGACAUCGAUAUCGAUGAUGUGGUUUAUGUAUCAUGGUAGUGCCCAAAAUGAGGGAAGCCAAUGGGACCUUGAAGGGGAUAACAUUGAACCAACCUCCAAUCAAUCGGCACACAGCUUCAUGCAAAUACAAAAAAUACCCGAAAGAUAUCGUAACUUUUUGAAUUGGAGUAACGAGGUCCAGAAUAACAUGAAGACAUUUCCUGCAAAGCGAAAUCCAUUUCAUAAUGAAGAGCAAAGAAUCAAAAGACUUUGGGAUCCUGCCAACAAUGAAAGCCUUGAUUAUCGGGAAAACCAAAAAGCAUUCUCCAGGAGGAGGAAACGGCAAGGGAAACGUAGAAAUAUUACGUAUCCCCUUGAACCUCACAUGGAAUUCAAUCGUCAUCCGAUUUAUGGCAGACUUUAUCACAUUAUCGUCAUGAUGCCCAGCCUGGGCGAUGAAAAAUUUAUAAUGACCUUGACGGCCGACACGAAUGAUUAUCUGAUCGAUGAGAUAGUGACUGUGCCCAACGGUAAGCCAAAUCCUUGGCGUUACACCAAUAAAUUGCCUUGGAUAUUGAGAAAGUAUGGCAUUCGUGUUACCAGGCUGCCGUACAGAAGUGGCUACUACUAUCAAACCCAUGCCAGUUACUUCAACUCUCAUCAGCGUUACGUUUAUAUCCUCAUUACGGCCUUCAAUAAUCGAAAAAAAAAUUUGGCACGCAAGGCACGACGUGAUAUCAAAAUAAUAUUCCCAAAAGCCAUGAGUUGUGACCCGAUGUUUAAUCUGCCUUUCUGCAAGGAUCCCAAUGAACCUAUAGAAGUCUCACCCCGGAGUCAUUUGCAAUUCUCUGCCGAGUUAGGAGACGAAUGCGAGAGUUUUGAAUACGAUCAUGUGGAUUGGAACUUUUAUGAUAUAAGAGAGACACAAUUGAUUGGUCAUGCGGGUGUCACCAAAGGCCUGACGCUCAGGCUACCACCGUAUAAGAUUAAAUAUAAAUACAAUCCAAUGCUCGGAAAAUUUGUGUUUAUGUUGCGAGUAAAUGCAAUUAUAAAUGGCGUGAAUUGUGUGGCAAGGUGUUACGUACGAAUGCUCGCACCUCUAGUGGAACCGAGAAUCCGGGGUAACAUGAAUCGUAUGGUCAAUGUCGAGCGUGAGAUUGUGAUGGAUGCCAGUAGAAGUCGAGACAGAUCGAGGAAACGAACAGAAGAUAAUUCCAGGAUAUUCAUUUGGGGCUGUGUCAGCGUAGAUGAUCCGAAAAAUAAGUACUGUCGUCAAGACAUGAGUACUAAGGAAAAGAUAAUAAUACCACCACAUUCAUUGAAACUCGGCAGUUUCUAUAACUACAGUUUGACAAUGGUUUCGCGAAUGGAUUACCGCGUAUCUGUCACGGUAUAUCAAAUGUUGGAAGUUGUCAACCAUCGUACCAUCACGGCACAUAUACUUUGCCAUCGAAAUUGCUAUAUGAAAACGUAUGCCCCCAUCGAUAGUUUCCACUUGUCGGGUCAAUGUGUUGAUUGUGAUUCAAAGAUUUAUCGCUAUAGAUGGUAUUUGACUUUCCCUGGGGAUGAGACAAGCUGGUCCGUGUCAACAACUAAAAAUCUUGUAACGCAACAUACUGUGGAGGAGCUGCUGAUAACACUGGUGAUCAUACUGAAGGAUGGGCUCACGGGUUCGGCGAAUUUAAUAAUGAAACGAAACGAUGGACCACAGAAUGGAGAAUGCCAUAUAUUUCCACUCAGUGGAAUAGAGGCCCAUACAUACUUUUACGUGCCUUGCCAAAACUUCGAAACCAAAUAUCCACCAUUACAAUAUAGGUAUACAGUCGAAAUGAACGUCAUCGACUCGAAUGUACCCUAUCCACUGUACAAAUUGACACUACCGUCCACCAACGAGUUAAAUGUAUCUAUAUGCGAUUACCUUGACAUGUGCAUAGAAGUACAACUUAAGGUCAAAGUGGUUAAAACCAAAAGAAUAGGUGAAUAUAACGAAAACAAUACGCUAAAGCAUCUUUCGGAUCUGAAGAACUAUAUAAGUAAGGUGCCGUACUUGUUGACGCGUGGUAGAUGGAACAAGGCCUACGUCAUGACACUGGUGGCUAUGCAGAGGAUUGAAACACCAUCCGAGGGCAGAGUGGUCUACGAAUACCUAGACAGGGGAAACAUAAUAACGGGUGCACAGCUCGAACAGCUCUCAGUGUUGGCCUGUGAAGUUAUUGACCGUUUGAAUCCCAUGGAAUAUAAGGAAGCAGGAAUGGUUGCACAAAUAUUUACACGAAUGAGCCAGGUAUUCGAGCAGAUAAUCCAAGACAUCGAAUGGCUACAUCGGGCAGCGUACAACGCGCUCACCGAUCAUCACUUAUUUUUCAUGUUCAGACUGGCCAUGCGAACGGAGAAGCAUCCGCCGGCACAGUGCAAAACCCAUGAUGAAAAUUGUAACAUGGGUCAGAAUUUGGGUGCAGAGAGGAAACUUGAGGCAGAAUUGGAUCCGGUCACACUGCAUCGCGUCAAUUGGUGGCUAUUGGAAACAUGGUAUCUGUAUAAAUGUGUAUACUAUCUGGGUGUUCUCGGCACCAAGCGACACCAUCCCUACGAUAGAGCUCUGUCCACGUUUCAGGGCGGCAUUUCCUAUCAAAUGAAUGUAACAGAGGUAAUAGAACCUAUCGAAAAUUUAACUGUAAAUACCGUUGAUGAUAUGUUCCAUGUUCGCAUUUCGGCGGAGCUCCUUGAGGAGCUACGAGACCUACUGGCUGAUCCCGCAGUGCUCUUUCAGAUCAUAUCGCAGCAGAACGUUCACAACAUGUACUGGUGGUAUCCGGAGCCAUUGCCAUCGGAGACUAAUGUACUCAUUGUUCAUGCCUACAGUCCCAAAAAGAACUACCCUAUGGGGGCGCGUUUACCGCUUAAAAAUCCGUUGAAUUAUCACUUGAACAUAUCCAAAUUCAGUGCGAAUCCAGAGUUCGUCAAAUGGAUGGCCAACAGCACCAUUGAGGGUCACUCUCAAAUACACUACUAUAAGAUACCCUUGAAGUCGAAAAGCGUGUUGGCUGUGCGCAUAGUUCAUGUCACAGAGGAAAUACUUAUUUUCAUGAGUUUGAAUAAAAUACCAAAAAUGCACGAAAUCAGGGAAAAAGCUUGCCACAUAACACCAAACAUGAAAGGUAAACGCAUUUGGAUGACGAACAACUGCCCAGACACUUCCAUUGCCUAUGUGGGUGUACUCAGUAGAGAGCAUAAGCUCGAAGAUGAUCAAAAUGAUAAUAGACAUCGCAAGCCGAGUAAAGUAAAAAAUUCAGAUAAAGUUUUUAUCGAUUAUUCGAUUCUUCUUGAGUCAUAUCUGUGUAACUUUUGGUCAAAUCGCUCGUUGGACCCAGGUUGGAGUACAGAAUAUUGCACCACAAAAUUAGAAAAUGCGGAAGGCAUUUUUGUCGAAUGCACAUGCAACAUCCUGGGAUCGCUAGCCGCGCGUAUAUUUCCCGUUGCCGCCGAGCGACACGUAACGCUAGUGGUCUAUCCCAUACUGGAGACAAAUUGGUAUAUGUUUGCCUUAUUUGCGAUGCUAUUCAUACUGCUGUUGUUCUUACUCCUUUCGUAUAUCGGUCGUCUUAUCGUCCAUCGGCUUCGACAUCUGCAGGUCCUGCAGUGCAAGCAAAAGCGUGUGCGGUUCAAGGAUGAAAUGACAUUUCAAUCGAAAUUGAAUAUGAUUGUAGUGGUCAGAACAGGCGCUCAAGAAUUUGCUGGGACCACUUCCAACAUCAAAUUCUACUUCAAAUCGAUGAGUGGGAAACAGUCCUCGUACGUCAUAACACAGGAUCCGCAAAAACCGCUUCUUCUACGGCAUAGCGUCAAUAAAAUAAGCCUGCCCGGCGGUAACGUUGAAAUACCCAGCCACCUGGCCUUUGGCAUCGAACGGAAUGGACGGUAUCCGAGCUGGUAUUGCCGGUCGGUGAGUGUUGUCGAUUUGGAAAAUGAUAUGGAGCAACUGUUUAUAGUCGAGAGAUGGAUCGUGGAGGGGUACACGCCUUUCAUUCAUUCCCCCUAUUUCACAAACUCGGAAAAUGCAAGGCCUGUGCAAUCCUGGACGCGACGUUUCCGGAACAGUUUCGAACAGCGUUUCCUCAAUUGGUUUCUUAUAAGCCCCAUGACGGGGCCCUGGCUAAGCCGCAAUACGCUCUAUUCGAUGACACGCCUUGAACGCUCUUGCGUUUGGAUGUGUAAUGUCAGUCUAACGAUUCUCUUGGUUAGCCUUUACUUUGGACCCUCUCCGUAUGAACCGAUCACCGAGGAGUCCCGGAAAGAUGAUAAGACUAAUGAACUACAAAUGAAGGAAGUCCUCAUUCUAGGGGUAUACUCUGCGGUUAUUGGAAGUAGUGUGCUUUUGUUCUUUGAGUUUGCGAUCAUGCGUUGUCUCUGGCGUCGGCAUUGAAAUGGAAAAUUCUAAAGGAAUGGGAAUAAAAAAGAAAAUGGAACCUGUUUUGGGUAUUCCUCUGUUCCCGGUAUACGGCUAAUGGAUUUUUCCAUGGAUAAUUACCUUACCAUUAUCUUACCCAGAAUCCGAAAAGCAAGAACGCGAACACACUCACACACAACACAAUUUUGUACUCUUUAAACACUUGGCCGUCAAGCCCUAUUAUUUCCCGAUAAACGAACUUUUGAGAUGCAGUUUGCAGACCCAUUUCCGGAAGGAGUUCUCUCAACAUUCGGUCAAACAGUCGUACUUAAUACCAUUCCAUUCCGCUUUGCUCGGACAAUUUAAGAAAUGUUCGCCUUCCAUAUCACUCAUCCAUAGAAACGCAAACCAGAGAAAAAAACUAUGCCAUGCCAUGAGUAAAGUUUAUAGUAAAUAAAGUAUGAUUGUCUAUUGUCGAAUA